CGGCCAUCUACUUAUUAUAUAUAUCUGUGGUCACGCAUCCUUAUAAUUAUCAUUUAUCUCUAAUCGUCGUCAAGGCUAAAUACCACAGAUUUCUAUAUACUAAUCUAUAUAGAUAUAUGUGCUAAACACGGACUUAUACUAUACACCCCGGUCUUAGAACCCUAUAUAGAGCCAAGGUGUUUUGAUAGAACUAUAUAGAAAUCUGUCAUCUGGAUCUGUGUGACUAAAGUCAAAAUACCCAUACAAUGAGUAAUGUUUACUGAUAAGAAACAAAAACAGAAUUACACAAACAAAUAGAUAUUAUUGGUAGUGUUUUCAUAUUUUUUUUUUGUGUUUUCUCUUUAUCUUUUAUUGUUAUAUUUAAAAAAUAUAUCGUAGGACACUAGGACGCGACUACGCGAGUAGAAUUUGAAGAACUGACCAAUUUGGAAUAAAAAAUCUGCAGCAGUAUGCCGUUGGAAUGGUUAUUUGGGCGUCGUAUGUCGCCCGAUGAGAUGUUGAGAAAGAAUCAGCGUGCUCUGAAUAAAGCAAUGCGUGAUUUGGAUCGGGAAAAAAUGAGAAUGGAACAGCAAGAAAAGAAAAUCAUUGUGGACAUCAAGAAAAUGGCUAAAGAUGGACAGAUGGAAUCGGUGAAAAUAAUGGCAAGAGAUUUAGUGAGAACAAGACGUUACCAAAAGAAAUUUAUGGUGAUGAAGGCUAACAUACAAGCAGUAUCUUUAAAAAUACAAACACUUAAAUCACAAAAUGCUAUGGGUCAAGCAAUGAAAGGCGUGACUAAAGCAAUGCAAAAUAUGAACAGGCAACUCAAUUUACCACAAAUUCAAAGGAUACUACAAGAGUUUGAAAAACAGUCUGAAGUAAUGGAUAUGAAGGAAGAAGUAAUGAACGAUGCUAUGGAUGAUGCGAUGGAAGACGAAGGAGACGAAGAAGAAACAGAUCAAAUUGUAACACAAGUACUAGAUGAGUUAGGUCUCCAGCUUACAGAUCAAUUGUCUGGAUUGCCUUCAGCUUCUGGCUCAAUAAGUAUAGCAGCCACUGGAAAAGUACCAAUUGUGGCUCAAGAUGGCGGUGGUGGUGUUAGUGGUGGUGGUGGUGCUGCUGCUGCACAACCAAAUGAUGCUGAUGCAGACUUGCAAGCUAGAUUAGAUAAUUUAAGGCGCAAGUGAACAAUAUUUUUUGCAAAACCUAAUGCAUAUAUAAUUAUAUACCAACCUAUUUAAUUGUAAAAAUUGUUAAAUAUUAUUUUCAUUUUAUAUGCAUGAUUUUAAUAUAAAAUAUAUAUAUUUUUAUCAUUAAUAAUAAUUAAUAAAUAUUAUAGAAAAUUUAAAAACAUGUAUAUUUUGGUAAUUUUAAAUUAUAUAUUUAAAACAUUAAUAAUUAAUAUAAAUGAGAUCGAAACACUACAA